GUUUGAGACAAAGCAGUCAACAAGAAAUGUUUUUAGUUGAGUUUAUUCUUUAAAUCCAUCAGAUAGUUUGUUUUGAUGCUCACAGUGUCCGCCAAUUGUAAAUUGGCGCUUUCGUUUCUGCGUCGAAGGUUAGUGCCAGGCAGUGGACAAGUUUGUGGUAUGUCAACUAUCAUAGUUUCAUGUCAUAUGGUUGUUUUUAAUGUCCUGACGCUUAUUGAUACAAUUGUGGUAACGUAGAAACUAUCUGGUGCAACAAUGAUAAUGCACGUGGGUACACUGUACAUGACCGUUGAAGCUUUAUAGCUGUUCUUUUGAUGAAGCUGAUCAAGUCACACAGAAAAAGUUACAGUGGACAGUUUACGCCUACAACGUUUGUAUCAUUAACUGAAUUAUACUUUAUCGUGAAGACAUGCCUUUAUCGAGCAAGGCUCGAGUGUAUGCAGAUGUAAAUCUUAAUCGUCCUCGCGAAUAUUGGGAUUAUGAAUCAUAUGAAGUGAAAUGGGGUGAUCAGGAUGAUUACCAAAUUGUUCGAAAAUUGGGCCGCGGCAAAUACAGUGAAGUGUUCGAGGGGUUAAAUAUAACAAACAAUGAGAAAUGUGUCAUUAAGGUGUUGAAGCCUGUCAAAAAAAAGAAAAUCAAGCGUGAGAUUAAGAUCUUGGAAAAUCUACGUGGCGUGACAAAUGUAAUAUGUCUUGAAGCAGUAGUAAAGGAUCCCAUUUCUCGCACACCUGCCCUCAUUUUCGAACACGUUGAAAAUCGGGAUUUCAAAGAGUUGUAUCAUACCUUAACAGAUUACGACAUUCGGUACUACAUGUUCGAAUUGUUACGUGCACUUGAUGCAUGUCACAGCAUGGGAAUUAUGCAUCGAGAUGUAAAACCGCAUAAUGUUAUGAUUAAUCAUUCCCAAAGAAAGUUACGUUUGAUUGAUUGGGGUUUGGCAGAAUUUUAUCAUCCUGGACAAGAAUAUAAUGUUCGUGUUGCAUCACGAUACUUUAAGGGACCGGAGCUGUUGGUUGAUUACCAGAUGUACGAUUAUUCUUUAGAUCUUUGGUCUUUGGGGUGUGUUUUUGCUAGUAUGAUCUUCAGGAAAGAACCUUUCUUCCAUGGUCACGAUAAUUAUGAUCAACUAGUUCGAAUUGCCAAAGUUCUUGGUACAGAGGAGCUAUUUCAAUAUUUGACCAAAUACGAAAUAGUUCUGGAUCCUCGAUUUAAUGAAAUUUUAGGCCGACAUACGAAAAAGAGAUGGGAACGUUUUGUACAUGCAGAGAACCAACACCUUGUUAGCCCAGAGUCACUUGAUCUUCUAGAUAAAUUAUUGCGUUAUGAUCAUGCCGAACGAUUAACUGCUCGAGAAGCUAUGGAACAUGUGUAUUUUCGUGCUAUUGUUCAGGACCAUGGUGGUCGAAUUCCUGUUGGUGCUCAGCAGAAUAAUGAUGGUAAUAAGAAACCUGGUUCGACCACGCCAAGUACGAAUCCGACGUAAUAUCUGCUAUUAUCAAGGAAAAUUAUUUCCAUUAACGUUCCACUAUGCGAUUAUGGAUAAUCUCCAUUCUCCAAUUGUUUGGAUUUGUAUAAAGCCCGGUUGUUUUACUGCAUCCACCAAUCAUAAAAUUUUAUAACUUAGUGAAGCGCUUUUGUUUAACAAUGGGUCCGACUUUUGUGUAUCUGUAUCUUCUGUCUUUAAAGGUGUAUUCCUUUUAAAAUAGUGUUUUUUCAUCAGUGACAUGGUUAUCUACUUGUUUGAUUCGGUUCCGAAGGUAUUUUGUUGUCAGCUUAAAAAUGAACGCAGUCAUGUUUUGCACUGCACAUUGUCUGUUUAAAAAUUGCAUUUUCACGACCAAUUAGUAGAUGAUUCAGUUUACCUCGUAAAAUUGAAUGAAGCUUGUUUGAUUAUAAAGUUAAAAUCUUUGUGCUUCUUAUUGUAUUUGGCUCACUUUUCAGAUGACCUGUUCUAUAGAAUAAAAAUGAUUCGUAUGAGAAAUGUGUGCAUAAAUUAUAUGUUUGGGUUUUUAUUCGAUUGCUUUCGGUUAAUAAAUUAGAAUGCUGGACGUGACAGAAUAGAUUUUAGUGUUAAACAGAACAAAUGUAAUUUAUUUGUGCUCGGGGUUAUACAUUUACUCGAGACUAGGUGCAAAUAUCACUGAGAUGAUGGAAAGAUGAGUUUGUAAUUGUUGCUACAAAUAAAUAUGACAAUCCUCGUAUUUGUCGAGUUCGCAAAUAAUGAUUGAAUAUUUUGAUUUAAAAACUUUUAGAUUAAUAAUGUUUGGUGAUAAAUUGAAUCGAAUUCUACCAAAUUGCAUUAAUGUUUAGCUCAUCUACCAAUGGUCUAGUAAAUAGUAAUCAUGCUUGCCUUGCCCUAUGUACACAAAACAUGGGGAUUAAGGUCGAAGGGUAUACAUAGGUUCUAAGAUCAAAAUUGUGGGUAUCUUUGAAGUAAUACUCAUGUUAGACACAGACGAAGUAGUGAAUUUGUUUGUUUAUGAACUAGUGAUCUUGAUAUGCUCAUCCUCACCCUUUUUUAUGCUGUUAGCGGCAGGCGUUGGAAUAGAAUGGUAGAGUUUUUAAUGACAAAGACUAAGACGACAUUCACCCACUGAGCUGUUGACUGUUAUUCUGAGCAGUGUAAGGAGCUGCACGUCUUUUGAAUCGGAAUAGCAUUUCAGUUUUGAAUAUUUCAUAAGUUAUGGGAAAUCCCAUCGAGUUGAGUAGUAAAUUAAUACAAUUAAGUAUCUUAUUGAUGAAUAAUGUACUCAUUGUAAUGUUGGUCAAAUGACAAAACUCAGGAAAAACUUAACAUAAUUACAGAUGGAACGCGAGAGAAAGACUAAGUCACAUCCUACUUGUAACUGCGGUACGCUGAAUAACCUUGUGACUAAUUACAUUGCCACACCUGUUUUCUGUCUAGAAGAUUUACCGCUGUGUUUCGGAUAAUGCUAUCUUGUCUGUAUUUCUGAAGAUUCAGGUUUUAAACCCUUACAAUCUUUUUGUUGUCACUGGCAUAAUGUUUUUGUUAAGGCAUAGGAAAAGUGUAAGAGACCCGUUACCAGCUUUUUUCAGGAACUGGAUAAUACAGUGACACCAAAUCAUAUAGGUUUGGCGUUCGGAGUGGUUACAACCUCUGUUUUCGCCAACAAUGUCCACUCAAUAUAGUUCAGAUUGAGAACUAGGAGUAUUUAAUGCGGUUAAGUAUUUUGGGUGUUUAGGUAACACUACUGCUGCCAGUGGAUUCUGUUCACUGGGAACCAAAGAUAGUGACAUAAAUUCACAUACCCCUUACAUUUAUAUUGCUGACUCAGCUUCAAAAAAGGUUGUGGUUAAGUAGUCGGAAGUACGUUCUCUAUGGUCACUUUAUACCGCCUAUCCUCAUCCCAUGAGUAUUCCUUCACAGGAACUAAUAACUCUUAGCAAGGUAUUUGAGUAUUCAUGGUGUUAUAUGGGAUAUUACGAGUUAUUAGCUAUCCUCCAUCAUGAAAUCCCGAAAAUGGCUCUAGCCUUGUAAAUAGCACUUAAAAGUGUUUAUUGAAAUUAGGGGCAAAACAGAUUUGUACAGAACUAUUUAUUUAUUUAAACACAAAUGGCACGAAGGAGCUCCGACAUGUGUGUGCCACAUAAUGAGAUUGCGAAUAGAUAGAGAUGAGUAUAAUAUAAUAAUGAAAAUAAUAGGAAAAAUAGUUUAGACAAAGUACGACCAGAAAGGAUUCUAGCUAGAGAAGUCCCUCACACUUAUCGGAAGACAGUAAAGAAAGUCUCAGCAGGAUACCCACUGGUUUUUUAUUCUGAGUCAUGUCUGAUAACACCUUGAACCGCUGUUUGUGUAUCUCUGGGGCCUGCCAGGGAGUCGUGAAGGUCAGACAUUCCAGUCCUGUACAGCUUUCGUACGACGGUUAUAUGUUGCAACUGGUCACCGAUUCUUCCGACCAGUCACAGCGUCGGUAAAUUAAACUGUUGAUAACCUAUGUUUACAAGGCCCGUUAUUAGAUAUUUACUCGGUAUUUUGUAGUGAAUCCAAGCAAUAGGAUCUGGCAUCUUUUAGUUCGCAGAGUUGAUAACUUAUUUCUUAGUUUGUAAAAGCAAGGUCCCAUAAUGUUAAGUUCAUUUAUUGGAUGAAUCCUGUUUAGUGGUAGUCAUACAAGUCACAACAAGUAAAUUUAUCUAUAUGCCUGAUAAUCACUGAGCAACUAACAUAUUUACCUUGCUUAACACCACCUGUAGUGCUUCUAAAGUUAACCCCGGUCCCUAGCUUAGACAAAGGAAGGGGUUGCGAAUAAGAUCGUGGUCAGCGACCUAUGUCCACAAGUGGUUCCUAAAAGCGUUUGUUAUUCUUAUACACUAGUCUGUGUCGAUAUGCACAGUUGAUUUCUAUGUAUAUUUAUUCAAGUGUGACCCCUAGUUACAUCGUUAUUCUUUGACUAAUUUUAUAUUUAGUGAUUCUCUAUUCAUUAGGAUCACUCAUAAGCACACCUUUGUAUAUAUGAAUUUCUUCAUCGUCUAGAUUACUAUGAAAACUGACUGAAAUAAUUAAGGAUCCUCUUUUAACCAUGGAUCAGAUAUUGUGUUGUGUUAACGCCAAUUUUUUGCAUAACAUAUGGUUAGAGAUGAUGUUAGUCUUGUGUAAAAUAAAAUCGUAAAUUUCUUACUAUUAU